GAAAACCCUCUCGUGCUUCUCGCACCUCUCCACAGAAAGGCAAUUCGAGGCUCACCCGCAUCUCCGUUGUGGUCACCAUGAGCGCCUUAACGCUUCCGCGCCUCACGCCGUUCACGCGGUCCACCUCCACGCUGUACCAGUACGCGUGCGAGGAGGAGGGCUGCGUGUCGCACACCGAGUUGGUGAAGCUCUUUCACGGCAUCGACGUCGCACUACAGGCGACCGCGGCGGCCCUUCAACUCGCGCCGUCGGCGCCACACGAAACGACGAAGGACAGCAGCAACGAAGACAGCGACGACAUCAACCCCCUCCCUCCUGCCCUCACCGACUUCCUCCUGAUUUCCUUCCAGCCUACCCUACGCUACCCCACCCACAUAACCCUGUCCAAGACGUACCUGGGCGAUGCCGGCACGGCGGCGUUCUUCCGCGUGCUGCCGAUGCUGCGCUGGCUGCGCGUGGUGGAUGCCCGCGGCGUGGGGGCCGGUCCUCGCAGCAUCGACGCGCUCUGCGACGCGCUGACGACCUAUCUCGUCGAAGGAUGCGAGGAGGCACCGGUGAUGCCGCUGGCAGAAGCAGCGGAGACGGAGAGUUGCAGCGGUGAUGCGGGAGACCGCCAUCCCCUCGCGGGGCGUCUCCCUGCGCUGGAGUUGGUGGACCUCCGCGACAACGACGCCGUCUUCACCCGUUCGGCCGAAAAACUCCUCGCUGCGCUGCGACGGCGCCGCGGAGCGCUGCUGCGGUGGUGCGCGAAGGAGCGGGAGACAGACGCAGAUGCCGUCGUGCUGCCCGCACUGGAGGUGCACGUGGACGCCGCGAACCUCUUCCCCUCUACCGCACACUCGCUGCAGGCGUGGAAUGCAGAGGCGACGGCGAUCAAACGGCGGCGCGAGGUUGCGGCAGGCGAGCGACGGUGGGCGGAGCAGCUGGGAGUCUUCACGGUACCGAAAGCGCAGCAGGCAGCGGGCUCUCCGGGUGGGGUGCAGCCGGUCGGUGAGCACCUGCUGUUUCGUCUUCCUCUCGACCAAGCCGAGCAGGAAGCGGAGGUGGCGGGGACCGAGAACCGUGCGCGGACAUGCGCGGCGAAUGAGAUGCGCGAGUCGAUCAACAGCCACAUACCUCGGUUUCUCGCCGCCUCGUGCAUGUUGGCUCCUGUAGCGGGUGCGUGCGCCGACUCUGCCCUGUACGCUGCAGCGAAAGGCGCACGCUCGGCGCUGCAGGCCUGCGCGGACUUCGGUGCGGACGCCUUGGAGAUCCUUUUCUACUCCAACGCCUCUCUCUGGUACGUGGCACGUAUUCAACGGCAAAAGCAACGGCAGCAAGGAGCACCCGAGGCAAACCCGCAAGCAUCAACGCUGGCGAAAGUGAAUUUACUGGAAGCGCAGAGCAACAUUGCGGCGCUGCUGCGAACUCUGGAUGCCUGUCCCACCUUGGAAGCAGAGCUGAUGUCGUCACAGGCUGCUGGUGGCGCGGUGGUGGAACGCCAUCUUCUUCGCCUGCGUGAGCUACACAACACCAUCGAAAAGAAGCCGCAGUUGGAAGAGCUCUUCACGGAAAUGGUCAGCCUCUAUUACCGCAUUGUGGCGGCCCUUGUCACGCCACGCUUCUCGGCGCAGCAUCUGCCCUCGAUGGUGGCGUGGGAGCAGCAGAUCGAGGAUGUCGCACAGCACGUGCUCAGCCACCUAGUCGUAGGUACGGAGGAAAUGAAGCGGUUAGCAUCGACGGUGCGACGUCUGCGCGGACAAGUUCAAGAAGAUGUGUCGCUGCCUGGAAAGCGCAAGGAGGACGACGAUCCAGCAAAGCGCAGCAGGGACGGGCGGGAGAGUCGGCUGCUCCCACCUAUCAUGGCGACGUCCUUUUAUCACGUGCAGGACGACCACGAGGCGGAGGAGGGGUGGAGGCAGACGUACGCAGGCACGUCCUCCGUCGUCGCGAGCGCGGUGAAGGCGUCGUGCCCGACCUCGUUGGAGAUCCCGGCGGUCAUGCAAGCCUUUCACAGCUGUCACUGCACCGCAUUGCUGGAAAACAACGCUGCGGUUACCUCUCACCCAGGUUUGGUCCCACCAACCUCGGGAGACUGUCCUGAGCCUUGCACCACGUGCUGUUAUCGUGCUCUUAGAUCCGUUCAAGAUGCUUUGAGAGACACGGAAAGCGGGCGUAGUGAACUGCUGUACCGCUGGGGAGCGCUGGAGCCCGUCCGUCAAGCGCUCCCGCGGCAACUGCGCAUGUUUUUCCUCGACAUGAUGAUACGCCAGCGGAGCCGCGCGCAAGGUGGCUGCGCCUACGUGCCGCUGUUCGACCAGCACAAGAAGAACGACACGAAAGGCGAAAGCAAGGAACGGUGGAGCAUGAUGUCGUGGCUGGCGUGCUCGCACAGUCAGGAGGCCUAUUGGGUGGAUCUGUUGCGCGUGUAUGCGCAGUGGUACCGACUGCGAGCCUUGGAGUUUUACGGACAGCCGGAGGCGCAGAGGCUGUUGCGUUGGUCUACGUAG